AUGAGUGCGCUAUUUGGGACCGCCACCGCCUCUGCUACGCCGGCUCCUGCCACAGCAGCUUCAUCUGCUAAAACUACAAGCUCUGCCACAGCUGCUGGAACAUCAACUGAGGGCGGAACUAGUGGCACUAGUGUCGCUGUUCUUGUUAAGGCUUCCCCACAUACACAUUCCUCUUGUUGAAAAGCAUCUUUGAAAUGGUUUCGAGGGGAAACGAGGUUAGAGGUGCACUCCAAGAUGAAUAAAGGGAAGACGUUCUAAGGUUGUGAACAAAAAACAAGAAGAUACAACAACUACGACCAGGAGACCUCAAUCUUCUAGCACUUCUUCAGCAGGUGGUGGAGGUCAUAGGGUUGAUUCCACCGACACCUCUGAAAUUAUGCCGCCAGUAAAACAGAGUGUGGGAAAUCGAUCGUCCUCGGCAGAGACGGGUGCUGCAGCUCAACAACAAGCGAGCGCUCAACUAAGUGUAGUCACGGGUACCAGCGCCGCUACUUCUUCGACUAACCCACAGAUUUAGGGCCGCUCCCGCUCCUUCAUCUCCGAAUUAUAUAAGUAGGCCUUCUAUGAGGUCGUGCAUCUCUGACUACUACAUGGUGUCUUCAUCAAGGGAAAAUAGAACGAGUCAAAGACGCUACUUCAUGUGCUCACGGUAAGGUGAGGUCUAAAUCUAAAACCUAGUCACCACGACGACAGCUGCUACUGCUGGGACUGCACAGCCCCAUCACACUUUUAGGCCAGAAGUGCGGUCUUCUACUGUGCCUUCUGCUCUUCCUCCUAGGACUGUGAGUGACGGAUACCGGUUACCGUCGACGACGAGUGGUCUAGCCUCCGUUCGUGGCCCACGUCCACCUGGUGGCAGUUUUCUCGGCUCCGCAUUUCAAUCAGUCAGUCCAAAUUUACUACCGGCCCCAAAUAGCACUGCAGCUACAACUUCUGGUGGGACUGCUGGUACUAACGGAAUGAUCAGUACAACUGGUACAACUUCCAAUGCCACGACCGCGACUACAUCCCGAGCUUCAAGAGGUGCAUCUACAGCGGGAACUACUAUUGUUAAGGCACUCAUUUCCCCUAUCAAAUACUUCGGCGAACAAGGUGAUGAGCCCUUAGAUUAAACCCCUGGAGUGGGUACAUUCAUUCAUUCAUUCACUCAUUCUUUAGAAGAUGCAUUUUUUUUUGAUAUUGAAAGCGCUAACAGUCAAAGGACAGCUUCAGUCACUAACGCCAGUAGCAGGACGAGUCUCUUGUCAACGUCACCGACUCCUGGUGCAGCCGCAACCACCUCGGUCAUCAAAACAAGGCCUUUUGCUAACGAGCAAGAAGGAAGAAGAGCGGCAGAAGCUUACUAUUAUGCAUUUAGAGUACUUGUUGUUGCACCAAAGCCUGAGGCUUGUUCUACUAUGUCUAGCUUGGGUCUUCAUUUGCGAUUGUUUUUCCGUUCGAUGUUCUUCUGGAAUCACCCCCACUGCGACAUUAUGUCAUUCUGGGGAGAUACUCAAGACAAAUAAAAGUCUAGCAAACGACUCUCACUCGUUCAUAUUUCCGGUAGCACUGGCGCACGAAACCGGAGAAAAUACGGCGCAGGGUGUGUUGAUGAUCUGCCGCUUUAUAAGAUAAACGAGGAGUUCAAUCCAGUCUCAGGCGGUCAAGCUACACUAGUGAAACGAUGGCUCAAGAUUCCAGAACAUGCUACAAUAACCAGAUUGGAAGGAUUACAGGGUAUUGAUUCAUCUACCUCCACCACCUUCUAGGCAUCGAGAAUUUCUAAAAAAAAAAAAAAAAAAAAAAUAAUAAAUAAUAAUAAAUCAUCAACACCAAAACUACUCCAAGAUCCUUAUCUGCUUCAUCCUCUUCCAGCACCUCACCCAGACACCCCGUCCCACUUCAUCCUCUUCCCUCAGGUGGUCUCAACCUCGGUGUUUACAGUGCCGAGGGUUCUGGGAUGGAAGCGAAGGCGCUCAAAGUCGUUAAAAGCGGUAGUCGCUAUCCCGGCAUUUUGUCAGAAGCUGAUAACAUCCUUCACGUGCGUGCUGAGAUUCCGGGAAUCUUGAACGACCCGCAGUUAACGUUUCCGAAAGAAAUUAUACGAGUACGACAUGUACCAAAAGCGGCAGAUGGGAAACCGGAGGUACUAAGAGGAAGAUGUAGAUGAAGAUGUUUCCUAGCAGCACACAGAUUGGGAAAUUAAAAACAAUAUUCUGGUGCAAUAAUCUGCCACUACUUCUUGUAGUGUCAAGAACGAUCAGAACUAGUACACAAAGUAAAUCAAAGAGAAGAACUAAUUCUUGUAGUGUCAACGAUCAGAACUAGUACACAAAGUCAAACAAAAAAAACCUCUCCUCACCAGGAACUCCACGUCAUGCUAAUGCGAAAAGCACGUGGAAGAAGGCUAGCUGAGGUCCUUGCUGAUGCCUGGAGAAGUCCUAGUUUAAGUUUACCGAGAUCCAAAAUUUUUGAGCUCUUUCGACAAAUAGGACGAUUCCUCAAAGCCUUCCAUUUGCGCUAUCCAGAGAGAGAGCAUGGUGCUGGCUACUCAUACUACUCUCAUCUUUUUUGACUGACGGAGUUCUUGGAGAUCUUUUUUGAAGAUGUGCAAACUAACACUGUCGUAGUUUCCUCCAGCAACAUAUAAGGCUGCAAGCGUUCAGAAAUUUCGUUCCUUCAAUUACCCACAAGCAACAUGAACUACAUGUGAAAGUAAAAAUUCGUUCGAUAAUGAGACAUCCCUCUUCCUCAGCCCUCCACCCUCACGUCUCCAACCUCCAACCUCCCCUCACCAGGCGACGUCCAGCCCUCGAAUAUUUUUUAUGAUGAAGAUAAUGGAUUCCUAACCCUUAUCGAUGUUGGCGGAAUGGGCCAGAAAACCAUGAAAAGCGACCGAGAACACUUUUGCGAGAGUCUUAGGCUUUUGUCGCAAUCCUAUGGACCCGAACUAUUGGAGCAUGGCCGCAAGGCGUUUGAAGACGGGUAUAGGUCGCAGAUAGGACCAGACUACCGCAAUAUGCUCAUGGGAGGAUCAUUGCGAGCAAUGACUUCGACAUGAUCAAGGUCAUCCGGUGGAGCCAAAACCAAUAAACAAAUGUUGAUGUCUUACUAGAAAUUAUAGACUUGUUACAAGAAAAUAACAAGCGCAACAAGCGAUUUGCGUAUACAAGUAGGAUGGCAAUGGUAUACAGCAACUACUUUUAUGAAUAGUCAACUUUUUCCAAUGCAAAAGCAGGAGCUCACAACUUUUUCCAAUUCUGUAUGAUUUCAACACUGAAAUGACCAAGACGUCUAGCACGAGUUUUUUUUUCUUGUUAAAUAUGUAUCUAUCACGAAAAGACUUUACAACUUUUUUGAAUAACAUCAUGUUGAUUGCUGAAGCGGUGCAUCUUCAAGG